AUGCUUGGAGUGGACAUGUACCCCGGUUUGGCUCUGGGACCUCAGAGGAUUGGAGACUGCUUCUACAGAGAUCAUGAGCCGCUGUUCCCUGCGACGUGUGACGCAGCGGCGUCCAAAGCCCUGCCGCCGAGGCUUGCGGCGCCCCCACCUGUCCACAGCGAGCCUGCCCCACAAGCGCAGAAAGACGACGUGAAAAUGGAGCUGGAGAACUCUUUCCUAUGGAAGCAGUUCAGCUCAGUGGGGACGGAGAUGAUCAUCACCAAAAAGGGCAGACGUAUGUUUCCAGGUAUGAAGUUGAAGCUGUCCGGCCUGAAUCCAUCCCUGCGCUACAUCCUUCUCCUGGAUAUUACCCCGGUGGACAACUCCCGCUACCGCUUCCAAGGAGGUGGAUGGCAGGCUGUGGGCGGGGCCGAGGCCAGGCUACCUGACAGAGUGUUCAUCCACCCGGAUUCCCCUGCGACUGGCGCUCACUGGCAGAGCCGCACUAUUUCCUUUCACUACGCCAAACUCACCAACAACACACUGGACUCACAAGGACAUAUCAUCCUCCACUCGCUGCAUCGCUACCAGCCCAGAGUGCACGUGAUCGAAGCCAGGGACAUGCUGAGGUGGGGCGGAGGGCAGCACUCCUUCGUCUUCCCCGAGACACAGUUUAUCACAGUCACCGCCUACCAGAACAACAAGAUCACAGAGCUGAAGAUCAGCUCCAACCCCUUUGCCAAAGGCUUCCGGGAAGAAGGCAUGAAUAGCAAAAAACAAAGAGAUGCAAGACAGAAGCGCAAACUAGCUGUCCUGACGGAAACAGUGGAUAUAGUCAACGGUGACCCCUGUGACUCCACUCAGCUCUUACCUCAUCCUGACACCACUCCCGCUGUCUCUGCCACACCAACCGCCGAUCCUAACAUAACAGGAGCAGACCUUCAAGCCCUCACUCUGGCCUCCCUGCAGGCGCCCCUGCCUGCUGACCCCAAUUGUGGGUUUACGCCAGACGAGACCCGCUUCCAGGGCACCCUCGUCCCAGAGCAGCCUCUGGACCUUGGCCAGGCCUUCAUGGCCUCCCAGAUGCCUGACAUCGGUCUCUCCAUGAGUGACGGGAUGCAGGAUGCAACAGGAAAUGAGGUCACAAAUGCUAUCAUUGAAAGUUCCGACUCCUUGGGUGAGGCCACGUUCAGCUCCUCCUUCCCGUCAGCUCAGACUAGCUCUCCUUCCUUCGCUCCUCUCCCCCAGUCCUUCCCCGCUUCCUCAAACGAUCCCCCGACUGCCGUCCCAUCUAUGGACUUUCCCUCCAUCCUCGCCUCCGACUCCUCCUCGUCCCCAACCAUGUCCACCGCCUCCUCCACAUCGCCCUCUAUGCAGCCGACCUCCUUCACCUUCCCCACUCCUCCGCCGUCCAACACCGCCUCGCCGCAGCCCCUCUUGUCCUCCUCUUCCUCUCCCUCCUAUCACCCAGCAGCCAUGAUGAGCCGCCACACCGCCGCCCAGCACACUUCUUUCCCUCCCCUGCCAUGUCAAUCCCAGGACCAAAUGUCCCUGCUCAUGCAACAAGACGAUGGCCUCUCCAACAACAGCAACAGUUCUCCCACUGAGCAAAAUUCGGAGGCGUUCAUUUAUCCGAACUCUGAUCCCACCCAGGUGAACGCUCUACCUGCCCCCGCUCAAAAUCCCACCUUUGGUGCAUCGUAUGCUUUCCCACCACACAUGCAGAACCUGUCAUUCCCAAACAUGAGUACCAGCCAGGCCCUUCACCUCUCCAACCUGACCCACCAAGCUCAAGCUCCCUUUCACACCCCUUCUCCCCUUCCUUUCCAACCCCCCUCUUGCUUCUCCUCCACUCCAUCGCUUCCCCCAGCAGCUCACCCUCAGCUGGCCAACCCUCCCCCCUCGUACUCCUCUGUGGAGUUCCCCUACCGCUCUGACAUGAUGCUACACCACCCCUCCCUCCUCCCUCAGCGAGAGCCACCCCUUCCCCCCUGCCUCCCGCCCUCCACCGCCACGACCGCCAUCUACCCGCCAUUUUCCUCCUACCCUCUGCGCCUGUGCCAGGACCCUCACCCGUCCCUCUCCAUCCCCCUCAGGCACCUGUACAGACACCAGCAUGGCCACUCCCACCCUCAGGGAUCCUUCUUGGAUAUGAGCACAAGAGCCGUGUUCUAA